UCACCAUGUCAAUCAUAUUUUAAGCUUCUUGUAAAUGCAAUUUACAGUAAUUUAUUUUGGAAGUUCGAUAUCGCUGACACAGAAACAUAAAUAACUCAAAUUAGUUGGUUGUACAGUUACACACAUUACAUGUUUACCAGAGCACAUAUGCAUAAGUUAUAGUAAUAAUCUCAAACUGCAAUCAAGUUACUAACAACACCAGAGAAUAUUGUGUCAAAUGUUACACCAGACAAUGCUGAAUUUCCCGGGAAAUAUCCAGUCCGCCGAAAUGUAUAUUAUUGAAACUCCCGCCACCAUGUACGUGUGUGACGUAGACACUGGCGCCCCUGACAAUCGAAGAUGAACCAAUGAGAGCCUGGGAAAUAACAAGACUGACAAAUCAGACCUUAGCGGCGGGAAGUCCAGCUGACUGGGGGAGGAUUUUUGAGACAUUUGGCGCAAGUCUUGUUUCUUAGACUAGAGCGCGCCAGAGACACCACACGAAAUCCAUCAAGACGAAUACUUCUUAAUAACUAAAAUAAGUCUUUUGAAACACAUCUACACGCUAAGUGCUCACAGCGAAGAUGCCCAGCACACGUUCCCAGGCUCAGCCCAUCCUCCAGUUCCCCAGACGCAAGUCCUCCAGGGUUGACUUAAAAAGCACCAAGAGCACAUCCCAGACUGAGACCCAGUCCCUCUGCUCCGUGGAGUCUCCUAAACCACAGCCCCUUCCAGAGAAGAUCCAGCUAAUGCCCCGCUCAAGCAGGCCCGUGGCACCCAAAGGCAUAACUCUGUGCCCAAGGCGGACUCCAAGAAAACCCCUCAGCCCUCGCAAACGCACAGGAGAUGAAAAUGGCUGUAACCUCAGUGCCAACCUACUGGGCUCUCCUCCCAAACAGCCCUGUCUUAACCUGGCCUCCCCCCGCAAGCUGGGCUUUGAUGAGAACUCCCCCGUUCUAUCCCAGAGGAGUCUACUGACCCCCCUGUCACCAAAAUGGCAGCGCCUCUCCCACCCCAGGGCCUCCCCCAGCAGACUCCAUGAGACCCCCAGUGGGAGCCCAUCAUGUCCCCGAUCAGAGAAGGCCACGGUGGUCGGCCUCUUUGCUGAAAAGUCUAAGUUCCAUAGUGUGAAGCAGGCCCUCCACACGGCUGUCCCAGAGCGCCUGCUAUCCCGGGAGGCUGAGAGGUCCUCAAUCCGCUCCUUCCUGGAGGACAAGACCCUAAAGGCCAGCCCAGCCAGCCUCUACAUCUCUGGAGCCCCCGGCACUGGCAAGACCGCUUGCCUCAACUGUGUGUUGCAGGAGAUGACGGAUGAACUGAAGGAGAUUCAGACAGUGGUGAUCAACUGUAUGGCUCUGCGUAGCUCCCACGCCAUCUUCCCCCUGCUGGCAGAGAAACUGGGGGCCUCUGGGGGCCACACUGACACCAAGUUGCAGAAACUGCUGACCAGCACGGGGCCUACUGUUCUUCUAGUCCUGGAUGAAAUGGACCAGUUGGACAGCAAGGCCCAAGAUGUUCUCUACACCAUCUUUGAGUGGCCGUACCUGCCCAAGUCCCGUCUCUGUCUCAUUGGUAUCGCCAACGCUCUGGACCUGACGGACAGGAUCCUCCCCAGGCUCCAGGCCCUGCCUCGUUGUCGGCCCCAGCUGUUACACUUCCCUCCCUACAGCCGCCAGGAGCUCGCCGCCAUUGUACAGGACAGACUCAGACAUGUGUCCGGAGAGGGGUUACUAGGCGCAUCGGCCGUGCAGUUUUGUGCCAGGAAGGUGUCUGCUGUGUCGGGAGACGCACGCAAAGUUCUGGAUAUCUGCCGGAGAGCUAUAGAGCUUGUGGAAUCUGAUGACAGAAAGGCAGCAGCAGAAACUACAUCGUCUCGUGUGAGCGUGCCCCAGGUGGCCAGGGUGCUGUCGGAGGUGUAUGGGGACCGCAUGUCCUCGUCAGAGGGAGAGAGCUUGCCCAUCCAGCAGAAACUCCUGGUCUGCUGUCUGCUACUGCUUACCCGCAACGGCAAGAACAAGGAGAUCCCACUGGGCAAGCUCCACGAGGUGUACAGCCGUCUGUGUGCCAAGAGACAGGUGGGCGGUGUGGGCCAGGGCGAGUGCCUCUCCCUCUGCAGUCUGCUGGAGAGCCGGGGCAUCUUUGCCCUGAAAAAAGCCAAGGAGGCUCGCCUCACCAAGGUUUCUCUGAAGAUUGAGGAGAAGGAUGUGGAGAAUGCUCUGAAGGAUCGCACCCUGCUGGGCAGUAUCCUGACUGCUGGCCUACCAUGACCGUUCACCUUUAUUUGUGCCUUAAUUUUGUUUGUUUUGGGAUUACUUUUUUUUCUGGUGGGAUGAUGCAUAUCCAACUAUGUCCUCCCUUUUCAGAACAAUGGGAAAUGCAGCAAUUUGUUAGAUUUUUAUUGACAGAUUAACAUGGACUGGAAACAUUUCAAAUGGUCAGUCAAACUGACCAGCUGCUUUUAACUUGAGUUUUAAUGCUUAUUUAUUUUUGGGGGGUGAAAACCUGAUGUACAUUUAUGUUGUAAUAAAUUAAUGUACAAACUUUAAAAAAAAAAAAUGUGUUGCUCUUAUUUUAAUUCAGCAAGAGGUCUACUAUUUUUUGUUAA